AUGAGUUUUUUGAAGAAAAUUCGGAAAAAAGGUCGAGGUAAAAACCAGCGAGAACUAUACUUCAGAGUUUUGGCUCCUUCUCCGACUCUCGAAUGUGCCAAAGACAACUGUCUCCUCAACAACGAAGAAACCACGAAUGAAGAAAGCAGAAAAUUGUCGCGUCCAGGAUCCCUAAAGAACUUCCUGAAUGACAACCGCAGUAGAGAUAUUACCAGCAGUGCUCCCUGUUCCAAGGUGGCCGCCACAAAGGCUAAUACUGCUCCAAGUGCUUCACUUUCAGACGUCUUAGGAGAUAAUGAGAAAAAGAAGGAAGAGAAGGCCCAUGCCGACACCAAAGAUGAUGGUCCUGAGGCGAAUUCGUGUCAAAGCAACAAAACAAGAUCAGGACCAAUAACGGUUAACAGAAAAGCUGCACAUCCACCUACUUCUGACAUGCCUGCUCCAUCUCCUCCUAUUCCAGUCCGUCCACCCACACCAGGUCGACCACGUCCAGCUCGCCCCCCACCACCGACUAUAAAACAACCUAGCAAAAACGAUGCCACUGCAUCCAAUGCAGUUGGCAAAGGAACAUGCAGUGCUAAGAAGAAGGCAAACGAGAUUUUCAAAUAUCGAAAGGAACUGAACCCGUUUGCAAAUUGCGACAGUACAACCAAUAACGACUUUUCCUCGCUGAACAGCGACAAGGCCUUCAGUUCUAGUCCCCAAAGGCAUAGAGGAAAACAAAAAGAAUCUAAAAUUCAAGAAUAUCCAAAGGCAGACAGUGAAUGUCCACCCAGUGAUGCUGACGAGAUUAACGAGAUGUCUUCUAGCACUCGUCGUAAAAGGCGUAGAAGAAAACGAAAAGAAUCUGAGAAUGAAGAACACCCAAUUGAACGCAAUCCGUCCAAUGGUACCGAUUGGGGAAGAAGUUCUUCAUGUUCGGAGUCAACAGAAACUUCUGACAAGUGGUCUGUUUCUUCAUUGGAAGAUAUUCAGUUUGUGGUGAACACAGCUGCAAUGGAAGAGGUAAACGUAAAGAAUGCACUGCAACGUUUGGCUGCUAACAAUGAAAAGGACGCACAGGCUAACCGAGAGGAUUCCGGUGUCUCAAAAGCCCAAUUAUUCCCUUCUGGUAAGGAAGUCUCUUCGGUCGAUUUCCCUUCCACUAAAAACGAUGAUGAUUCUGCAAAUUUCGGGUCAACAAACGUCGAUGCUUCGACUUCCAAAGACUUUAAAAAUGUUUACGAGAGAACAAUUCUCAAGCAAGCAAAAGUUUCAGAGGAGGAAAAUGCUAUUGAAGAGCGCCAGGGUGGAGGCGACUGUGCCUCCAAUGCAUGUAAUCGUUGCCCAGAGUUGGUCAUUUACGCGGACGCAGAACUUCAGGUUGUCGAAAGCGAGUUGUUUUCUUUGCUAAAGGUGAUGGUUAAAUUGGAAUCAGAGAUGAAACAAGCAAUGGACACUGAAGAUUGUGAGGCCGAGUUUCAAAGCUUAUCGCUUGACUGGUUGGGGCUUAACAAGUUCCGAACGGAACUGAACAAAAGGAAAAAGGAUCUUUUUGCUCUGUAA